AAUUCCAAAGCUAUGUCGCUUGAGUCCAGCUGACCGCGAAAUCCAGAGGAGACAAGAAUCCAAGCUUUGGGUCACGAAUUUUGGAUUUCCAAGUAUUCGACGCUUUUCGCGACUACAGAAAACGCACGAUGGCCGAUAUUCUUAAGAAGCUUGGCGAAGAUAAAGAAAAAUCCAUGGCUCUUGAGGAUGCUUUCAAAUCUUGCAGACAUCCCGAUUCACUUAGUAUGUCUUUUCUGGCGGCAGACAUCGGAGUAACACAGGAAGAGAUAGAGAACUGGUUUGCGGCAAGGCUGACAAAAUGGAGGAAAGAAGAAGGAUUUGUACCGAUCGCAGAACGAGCGGCGAUUUUAGCUCAAAACAUCAAUAAAAAGGCGAAGUAAUGGAAACAUUGUCAACAGCCCGGAGGCGGCGAAGGCACUUUGUAAAUGAAGGAUUGUGUAACCCGAAUAUAUGUCUGUAGUAGAUUUGAGAAAAAAGAACAUGUAUGUAAUUUACCAAAGUCGCUGGAAACAUUAAAUUAAUGUAAGAUAAAAAGCCAUAUAUUGUCCCUUGAAAAGAGUUUGUUUCCAGAUGCCUUAAACUUCGACCACAUGCAAAUCAUUCAUGCAUUGUUAAGCGGAAAAAACAGGGAAUUAAACUCCUCAACUCCAAUUUGAAAUGUGAUUAACUCAAACAACCAAGGUCAGAUUUUUGUUUUCAUUUUACAAGAUGAGAGUGUGUUUUCUUUUUGUAAUUCCCUAAUAGGG